AUGGCUUUGAUCAAUUUUAUCGGUAGCUCUGAAAUGGCAGACGAUUCUGCAUACGUUGUUCCCGGAAAAUCUCAAUUCUAUGUAGGACUGAACAAAUCUAUUGGAGAUUUGAGGGAACUGUUGUUCAAGAGCGACGUGUCAGUUGUUGGGUUGCAGUGCAUGGGAGGCGGAGGAAAGACAACUCUGGCUUUGGCUCUCUUGAAUGAUCCUCAAAUCAAAGGAUACUUCCGCGGUAAUGUGAUUUUCAUCACUGUCUCGCAGGCCCCAAACCUUAAGGGGAUUUUAGAGAUUUUGUGUGAAAAGAUGGCUGGAAAUAAGAGACCUGAAUUUCUGAAUUUGAAAGAUGGGCAGAUGAAGGUGCAGCAAUUAAUUCUGAGUCAAUCCAAACCAACUCUGGUGAUUUUGGAUGAUGUAUGGUCCAAAACAAAUUUAGAAAAUUUACUAUUUGAAGGACCAGGAUACAAAACUCUCGUAACUACCAGAGACAAUUCAACUAUUCCCACAACCUCGACUACCGAGUUGUAUCAAUUGCCAUUGUUGUGCCCAGAUGAUGCACUAUCACUAUUCUGUUUCUGGGCGUUUGGACAACCAUCAAUCCCAAGCACUGUAAAUGCGAAUAUAGUAAUGGAGGUGCAAGCACAAUGUGGCGGCCUACCACUUGCUAUAAAGGUGAUUGGAAGCUCUUUGCAUGGGGAACCGCAUGAGGUUUGGGAGAGGGCAAAGGACAAGAUUUGUAAAGGAGAAUCAAUAUCAGAUUAUCACAAAAAUGGGCUAAUUAGAUUGUUAGAGAUUAGUAUCGAUUCCUUAGAUGAUGUAGCCAAAGAAUGCUUCUUAGAUAUAGCUUUAUUUCCAGAUGACAGAAAAAUCUGUGCUGAUGCACUAUUGGACAUAUGGGUUUAUGUUCGGAAGUUACAGUGGCAUGACGCUUUUUCCAUCUUAUCAGAUCUUGCGAGCAGAAACCUGUUGAAUUUGUCUAGCACACCAAGGAGAAGAGUAGCAAUCUCACAUGGAAAUGCGUCGGAGCUGUACUUCUCUCUGCACAGUGUAAUGCGUGAAUUGGCCCUCCAUUUAGGAUGCCGAGACGAUAUAGUCCAGAGGAAGAGGUUUCUGAUGGAUAGGAAGGAGCAUAGCUUGCCAGAAAAAUGGGAGUUGCUUAAUCAUAAUGCAUGCGAUGUUCAAGUGCUCUCCAUCAACAGUAACACAGACCCUAUGGAGGCAAAUCAUUGGUUUGAGGUGAAUUUACCUGACACAGAAGCUCUCUUGUUAUUCUUUUCUUCAAGUGAGUACUUUCUUCCCCCGUUUCUGAAGUCCAUGAUGAAUCUAAAAUUUGUCAUGGUAUUGAAUUAUGGAACAAAGAGGGCAACUGUAAAAGGUCUAGAUGUCUUAUCUUCACUCACUCAACUCAAAAGUGUCCGCUUGGAGAGGUUGACUGCAACCCCUGUUCGUAAACAAAGCAAUGAGCCAUCGAACUUAGAGAAGGUAUCUUUAAGCUUAUGCGAGGGAUUUGAAUAUUCAUUCACAUUUAAUCGUAUCAAGCUGCGGGACUUUAACAUUGAUCACUCCAGCAACUUGGAGGAGGUGCCUCUUAGUUUCUGUUAUAUGCCUUCUAUUAAGAUGUGGUCUAUUAGCAACUGCCACCUGGUUCAGAAGUUACCUUAUAACCUUGGGAAUAUGAGCUCUCUCAGAAUGCUAAUGUUAUCAGCUUUACCAGGCGUCAAAGAACUUCCACCAUCAAUUGGAAAUCUUCGGCUCUUGGAAUGUCUAGACAUCUCACUCUGCGAGGGGCUCAUAGGACUUCCUGAGGAAAUAGGGCUACUAAAGAAGUUGAGUGAGUUUGAUAUGACAGAAUGUUCUCGUUUGAAGAGGUUACCAAGAGCUGUUUGUGAUCUGAGUUCCCUCAAGCUGGUUAUCUGUGAUGAGAAGAUUGGGAAGCAGUGGUUACGGGCCAAGAACAUUUCGAUUCCAGAGCUUACAGUCAAAAUUGUAGAACCGCAGUUUAGUCUGGAUUGGCUUGACGAUUGACUUCUUUUCUCACUUCCAAUCAGCUUACAAAUAAAAUCAAAUAAAAGCCCAUCUCUAGUGGAGCCUUUUAAGGAAUGUAAGCACUCUUUACUUUUUUGCGCAUCC